UCUGUUGUUGUUUUGUGUAGGAGGGCAAUAUGUAAACACUGAGCUGAGUUGUGUAGGUGUUAAACUGUGGAUCGACAUGUUGAUGGAUCUCAUCAGAUCAUGUGGGCAGGAAUCGGAUAUAACGUCGCAGCAGACUGUUGAAGAUCAUUAAACUAGAAAAGGACAUCUAAAGUGAAUCAUCAUGGACUGUCGUUGUCAGGGUCACACUGAAAACUGAAACCACACAAAACCAACCACAUUCUCGGAAUAGCCCUGAAAUGUCAGGAGGUUGUGCGUGUGCGUUUAUGGGAAUCUAGCUGCUUCUUCUCGAAUUCUGUUGUUCUGACUCUGCGAUGGAAACCAUUAAGAAUAACCAAGACGGAACAAAAUUAGACGAGUGUUUUGAAAGGAACUUUUCAGCUCUAACUGUGGACGAUGUGUACGACAUCGCCAAGGUGGUCGGCUCUGAUGUGGAGAAGCUCAUCGACAGUUAUGGCAGAACCAGUGUUGAGGCGCUGGUGCGUAAAAUAGUCAAAGUGCUGGAGCUGUUGGAGAGUUUUACAGUCAGCUAUCAUACACAGAAAUCUAAAGAAGAAAAUCUACUGAGGGCGUUUGAAACACUACAGGUUCAACAACAGGAGUCGGACAAACUCGAUUGGCAGCAAAAGGAACAGAAAUGGAGGCUGGAGCUCGAGACAUUGCAAAAGGAAGUGUUACAGCUAAAGGAGGAGAACCAAGAACUGCUGGGUCAACUGCAGAGUUCCCUCUCUAAAGAAGAUCAUACACAGCGUCAGGAGAGAGAAGUGAUGCUCAAACUUAAAGAGGUGGUGGAUAAACAGCGUGACGAACUCAGAGCCAAAGUGCAGGAGAUAUCCAAGAUGUCUAAAGAGGUGGAAGCGCUUCAGGAGCAGUUGGAUCGCUUUAUGAAGAUGAACGGAGAGCUGAGGAAUAAACAGAGCAUGAUGCAGGCUCAGCUGAAGAGCACCGCGGAAAGGAAGGUAGACCUCGAUAUUGAGCUGAGUGAGAAAGAGAAAGAGAUUGAGCGACUCGUCACACAGCUGGAGAAGGCCAAGGCAAACACUGCUCCUAACCCGAACAGUCCACCCAUUGACAUGACGUAUAAGGUGAUCAUUGACCUGCUGGACCCGAACAGGCCUUGUUUCACCAAGCAAGAAAUACGAGACAUUUUGUUUGAGAGGAAUGAGCUAAAGGCCAAUCUCUUCCUGAUGCAAGAAGAGCUUGCCUUCUACCAGCGAGAGAUCCUGAGCGAUGAGAGAUGUCCUGGAUUCUUAUUGGAAGCAGUGCGUGGCGCUUUAAAGAAACAGAGGACCGUCAUUAAGGCCAAAAUGCUUGGGAUACCAGAGGAUGAAUGCAGCAGUGAUGAAGAGAAAGGUCCUUUGUUUGAAAAGAAAAAGGAUGAAGACUGUCCUGACAGCAAACCUCGAGAAUCACGCAUCAGAAACUUCUUUGGCUAUCUGAGCCGCUCAGGCAGUGAUAGGAGUAGCCAUCAGACCAACACUUCUGCAUGGGAAAUCAUCAACGCAGACGAACACGUGCCUGAAGUGGAGAAUGGGCCAGGAGGCACUUCAUGAGAACCGCGCUCCACCUUUACUUUUCCCCCAUUCACAGCACCAUGGAGGAGUGUGGACUAAGCAACUAAAUCAAAAUGUAUACACAGAGCUGUACAGCUAAACAAUGAGAGCAACGUAGCUAAAAACAACUCAAACACAGACAAUUAGUAAGAUUACAUUUAAAAGACAUCAUGUAAAAUGUUUGGGCUGUAUGAUUGUGUGAUUUUGUGUGAAUUUGAACAUAAUGGAUAAGAGAAGAGAGAAAAGAUCAUACAAUAAUCUGUAAUAUUAACUACCUUUGUCUCAGAAAUUGUGUUUGUUUAUUCAAUAUAGAAAAGAAAGCACUUGCAAUUAGAAAAGAAAAUAUUUUAUUUUGUGUACUGAAAAUCUAUAUUUGUGAACUUUAUAUGAGUGUAAUUUAGUUUGGUAUUAAUAUGAUAUACACAUUGAAUGUAUAUGAGGAAACAACAUUAAUAUGUUAUACAAGAGUUUUAUGUGUUAUAUUUUUUUAAAGAUUGUAUUUUAGUAAGAUUUUUAAAGCCAAAGAUGUCAGCUUGUAUUAGAAGCAUCAGCAAUCACCCUGGAAUUGUUUUCUGCCAGCAGGGGGCAUUACAGAGUUUUAUUUACUUUAAUAGUUUUCUUUUUUUUUUUUUGAUGUUUUUUGUGUUAAUUUUCGGUCAAUUAACAGGACAUUUAGGUUGUACUUUUGAAACAAUUCAGCUUGAAGAUGUUAUUGUUUUAAUGUUAACAACCUUGUUUUUAAGAGUCUGGAAUGGUAAAAUCCACAAUCAAAUCUCAAAUUUGAAUCAAAUUUCAUUCUUUUAGUGUAUGAGACUCUUUGAGUGGUCUGUGCAUUUAACUGAAAUUAACCUUGAAUAAGGAUAAAUGUAUAUAAAGGAUUUGUAUUAUUUGUGGAAUUUUAUAUGAAAUCAUAUUUUCUAGCAUAAAAUUAAUCACUGGUAAAGAACCUGCUGUUUAUGAGCUAGGUUAAAAAUCUUAACAUUUUUAAGAAGGCCAAAGAUUUUUAGAAAGGUGAGAUUUACUGUGUACAUCUGAGAGGCUUUAUUUGAUAUCAUUAAGAGCUUCUGUUUCCUUUAGGUAUGGAUAUUUCCUUUAUUUUUGUGUAUGGAAAUGUAAAAUACAUGCCUUUGCGAUAUAAAUCUGAAUUCAUUGCA